AUGGUGCAGCGGCGUCAGGUCGAGGGGUUCGCCGCGUUCGAGCAGGUGUACUCCGAGCUGAACGGCUCCGAUAAGGAUGUGUUCAUACUGUUCAGCGGCUCCGUGGACCCGGCCACCGGGCACAGCUGGUGCCCCGACUGCGUCAGUGCUGAGCCGGUGAUUGAGAAGGCACUCGCCUCCGCGCCGGAAGAUGCCGUCUUCGUGCAUGUGUCCGUCGGACCGCGUGACUUCUGGAAGGACCCCAACUGCGUGUUCCGUACCGACGAGCGAACUCGGCUGAAGUCAGUGCCGACGCUGAUGAAGCUGGGCACCGCGGAACGGCUGGCAGAGGAGCAGCUGAUGAAGGCUGAUCUUGUGGAGAUGCUGCUCUCUGAGUGA